UCCCGCGUCUGGCGGCGCGACACAGCCCGGCGCGGCCUGAGGAGCAGUCUCGAAGCCUGCAGCAGGGAGAAGAUGGCGGUCGCAGUGAGAACUUUGCAGGAGCAGCUAGAAAAGGCCAAAGAGAGCCUAAAGAACGUGGAUGAGAAUAUUCGCAAGCUCACCGGGCGGGAUCCGAAUGAUGUGAGGCCCAUCCAAGCCAGAUUGCUGGCCCUUUCUGGUCCUGGUGGAGGUAGAGGACGUGGUAGUUUACUGCUGAGGCGUGGAUUCUCAGAUAGUGGAGGAGGACCCCCAGCCAAACAGAGAGACCUUGAAGGGGCAGUCAGUAGGCUGGGCGGGGAGCGUCGGACAAGGAGAGAAUCACGCCAAGAAAGCGACCCAGAGGAUGAUGAUGUUAAAAAGCCAGCUUUGCAGUCUUCAGUUGUAGCUACCUCCAAAGAGCGUACACGGAGAGACCUUAUCCAGGAUCAAAAUAUGGAUGAAAAAGGAAAGCAAAGGAACCGGCGAAUAUUUGGCUUGUUGAUGGGCACCCUUCAAAAAUUUAAACAGGAGUCCACUGUCGCUACUGAAAGGCAAAAGAGACGCCAGGAAAUUGAACAAAAACUUGAAGUGCAGGCAGAAGAGGAGAGAAAGCAGGUUGAAAAUGAGAGGAGAGAACUAUUUGAAGAGAGGCGUGCAAAACAGACAGAACUGCGGCUUUUGGAGCAGAAGGUUGAGCUUGCGCAGCUGCAAGAAGAAUGGAAUGAGCAUAAUGCCAAGAUAAUUAAAUAUAUAAGAACUAAGACAAAGCCCCAUUUGUUCUAUAUUCCUGGAAGAAUGUGUCCAGCUACCCAAAAACUAAUAGAAGAGUCACAGAGAAAAAUGAAUGGUAAGUUGCCGGGGAGGAGCACAACAGAGAAGGCUAGGCCUAGAAGACAAUCAAUGAAGGAAAAAGAGCAUCAGGUGGUGCGUAAUGAAGAACAGAAGGCGGAACAAGAAGAGGGUAAGGUGGCUCAGCGAGAGGAAGAGUUGGAGGAGACAGGUAAUCAGCACAAUGAUGUAGAAAUAGAGGAAGCAGGAGAGGAAGAGGAAAAGGAAAUAAGUAUAGUUCAUAGUGAUGCAGAGAAAGAACAGGAGGAGGAGGAACAAAAACAGGAAAUGGAGGUUAAGAUGGAAGAGGAAACUGAGGUAAGGGAAAGUGAGAAGCAGCCAGAUAGUCAACCUGAGGAAGUUAUGGAUGUGCUAGAAAUGGUGGAGAGUGUCAAAAAUGUAAUUGCUGAGCAGGAGGUAAUGGAAACCAAUCAAGUUGAAAGUGUAGAACCUUCAGAAAAUGAAACUAACAAGGAAUUGGAGCCAGAAAUGGAAUUUGAAGUUGAGCCAGAGAAAGAAUGUAAGUCUCUUUCUCCUUCGAAAGAGAAUGCUAAUGCUGUAGAAAUGGAAAAUGAGCCUGAGGACAAAGAAGAGAAAGAAUCUGAGCCCCAACCCGAGCCUAUGGCUCUGUCUCAGCCUCAGCCCCAGCCCCUGGCUCAGCCUCAGCCUCAGCUUCAAUCUCAGUCCCAACCAGUACUCCAGUCCCAGCCUCUCUCUCAGCCUGAGACUUUGCCAUUAGCCGUUGUGCAGUCAUCACCUCAGGUUAUUCAGGAGCAAGGGCAUUUGCUACCUGAAAGGAAGGAGCUUCCUGUAGGAUCUGUAAAAGUCACUGAGGUGACAGUAGAGCCAGUCUUGACAGUACAUACGGAGAGCAAAUCCAAAACCAAAACUAGAAGCAGAAGUAGAGGUCGAGCUAGAAAUAAAACAAGCAAGAGUAGAAGUCGGAGCAGUAGCAGUAGUAGUUCUAGUAGCAGUUCAACCAGUAGCAGCAGUGGAAGCAGUUCCAGCAGUGGCAGUAGUAGUAGUCGAAGUAGUUCCAGUAGCAGCUCCAGUACAAGUGGCAGCAGCAGCAGAGACAGUAGCAGCAGCUCUAGUAGUAGUAGUGAGAGUAGAAGUCGGAGUAGGGGCCGGGGACAUAAUAGAGAUAGAAAGCACAGAAGGAGCGUGGAGCGGAAGCGAAGGGAUACAUCAGGAGUAGAAAGGAGUCACAAAUCUUCAAAAGGAGGCAGUAGUAGAGAAACAAAAGGAUCAAAGGAUAAGAAUUCCCGGUCCGACAGAAAGAGGUCUAUAUCAGAGAGUAGUCGAUCAGGCAAAAGAUCUUCAAGAAGUGAAAGAGACCGAAAAUCAGACAGGAAAGACAAGAGGCGUUAAUGGAAGAAGCCAGGCUUUCUUAGCCUAUUCUUUGCAGCAGAAGAUUUCUUGAUGAGUAAAAGGAUUACCUUUCCUUGUAAGGAGGAUGCUGCCUUAAGAAUUGCAUGUUGUAAAAAUAUCUUUUGGAAAAUACAGACUGUUUGUUUACCAGACAUUCUUGUACUUUUUGCAUAAUUUUGUAAGUUAUUUAUCAAAAUUAUGUGAGGUUCCAAAAUAUGUAAAAAUAAUAAUAAUAAAAAAAGAUUAACAUCCCUUGUCAUCUUUUUUAAAUAUCCUAUUCUCUUCAGUAAGAAUGUGUAUAUUUUAAUAGGUAAAUCUUUAAGUCUGUUCCCUUCUAAUUCUAUAUCAUACUUUGCUUUUGUAGAAAUAAAUGCUCAUUUCUUUAGUUUUGGGAUGUUCUCGACACUUGUAUAAUAAAUAUCCUCUUGAUAUCAUUUUCAGCUGGUAUCAUUAGAUACCGAACAUGAUUAGAAUGUCUUUGAAGGUUUCCAAUUUUAUUUGCCUUACACAAUUAUUUUGUGUUGUCAAAGUCAGAUCUUUGCAGCUUUGGGGGGCCAUAGUUCUUAAGAUAAUUACUAUUUUUUCUAAUUUCCCUUGUUAUUUUUAUUCCCAUCUCAUAUUUACACCAUACAUUUGGUAUAUAAAUUAUAUGAUUAAAACAGUAUGAUUUGGUUGGCAUUUUCUUCACAAUUAUGGGAACAUUUUUUGUCUUCAUUGUUUCUUUUGUGAUGCGGCAUAUACAUCUGUUAAAAUAAUCAUUUCUUUCCAGGGGAGGGAGGUAGAAAAGUAUAUUCUAAACUUGGUUUUUUUAGUUUGUGGUCUUGUCUUAACUUUUGUGUUGGCUCUAACUGAAACAUGCCAAUAAGUGUUUUUCAAGAAUUUUUGUUGAAGUAUUGUAUGAAAGUUUACAAAAUAAAGAAGGUUCAUAUACACUUGAGUCUGUAAACAAGAUAACACAAGUGUACCAAGUGAUUAUUAACUUUGUUGUUUUAUAAAUUUGUAUGAGUUUGGAGUAUCUGUUGCCCAUUACAUGUGCAAAUAAAUGUGGCUUAGAUUUGUGUGACUGCUUAA